GCGUUUUCUGAGACCACGGAGAAACCUUUGGAAGGGGAAAGAUAUUCUUAGAGAAUUGAGUGGAUUUGAGCACUGGACUAUAAAGAAAGUUGUUAAUAGUAGUUUUUAUUGAUUUAAACGCUCUUUUACUGAUCAACUGCUCUUCAUGUUGUGGUUUAAUAUACCUUCAUAUCUAGACUUCCCAAUUAGGAACUAAACAUCCCUUUACUCUCGGAUUGUAAUCGCGAUGAUGGUUUUUUUUUACAGGAAAGAAAAAAACAUGAAUAAACAGACAUCAAUCAACAAUUCAUUAUAACACGACUAAAAUACCAGCAAUGCAGUGUGCAAUUUCUGGAUUACCUCCAAAAAUCCCAGUUGUUUCCCCAAAGAGUGGAUCAAUAUUCGAAAAAGAAUUAAUACAACAAUACAUUAAUGAACACCAUAAAGAUCCAAUAAACUCAGAGCCAUUAACUCUCGAGGAACUAAUAGAGAUUAAGGUAUCGCCUUACCAACCUCCAAGACAACCAACAUUGAACUCAAUACCCUCUUUGUUAUCUUCAUUACAAAAUGAAUGGGAUUCAGUUGCAUUAGAACUUUUCCAAUUAAGAAAACAAUUAGAUGAUACAAGAAAAGAAUUAUCAACUGCACUAUACCACCAUGAUGCUGCUGUUAGGGUUGCCUCAAAAGCGAUAAAGCAAAGAGAUGAAGCAAGAGCUGCAUUACAAGAAUUAACAUUAUCAAUAAGUAAUGGGAAAUCAAUUGAACCUGAACAAGUUACUACGAAUGGUGACAAUGAUGUUCAAUUAACAGAUUCCGCGCCAUCUGAAGAGAUUGCACAAUUGAUAACAAGCGCUAAUGAAGAAUUGUUUGCCAUUCACAAAGCUCAAAAGAAUAAAGUUAAUGUUAAUAUCACCACUCCAUUGGGUGCAAUCCAUGCUGUUGGUAAACAUGAAAGUAAACCUUAUAAAAGAAUCGUUGCUUCCAGUAUUGUUGGUGGUGAAGUAUUUUUAACUUCAAGUACAGGUCUCACAUCUGUUUAUGAUGUUGAAUCACAAAGUUAUCAUAAAAAUGAUUUAAUCAUAAAGAAUAAAAACAUUUCAAUAAUUACAGAGGUUUUACAUAAUGAUUCAACUUCAACAUUAGUUGGAGCUUCUACAGGUGAUUUGAUGAUUAAUAAUGAUGUCAAAUUAGGGGUUAACGUCCAUCAAGAGGCGCUAGUUUCAAUCUUACCACAUCCUUCUUUGAAAAAUUUGGUUUUCUCAAUUGAUAAAAGUGGUACAUAUGCCCUUCAUGAUACAAAUACCUUAGUGACACUAUUUCAAGGUAAAUUGAACAGCAAUAUUGUUGGUGCAAGCAUUCAUACAGAUGGUGCCUUAGUUGCAGUUGCUGAUGGUGAUGGUACAAUCUCAAUCAUUGAUCUAAGAAGUAAUGAAGUUGUUAAGAAGUUAGAAACUCCAAAUAGUGAGCUUUCAGAUGUUAAGUUUGGGCCAAAUGGGUAUUGGUUAAUCGGUGCAUAUUCUUCUGCAUCUUCAAAUUUCAUCAAAGUUUGGGAUUUAAGAAAAGAUUCAUCAGAGACUAUUGAAUUGGUUCACAAAGCUCACAAGAUCAUCACUGAUAAAUCUUCACAGUUGGUUUUCACUCUUGGUGACUCUACUGUGGAGAUUGCCCAAUACAAUAAAAAGGGUAAGGAAUGGGUUUUGAAAACUACGAAUGAUCCAUUAAAAGUUGAAAUUGACGGUGCUAUCGUUGAUGGUGUUUUAGUUGAUGAUUCAAAAGAAGAUGAGAUCCAACUAGCAAUUGUGAGUGACUCUUCGUCUGUUAGACAAUUCAAGAUUUCAAAUAAUUGA